CCAAACAGGACCUGAGACUCUGGACGUGGGCUGUGCUGUUGAAAGAGUGCUCAGGAUGAGGAGGAGAGGAAGUUAUGAUGGCACCACUGCCCCCUUACAGCCACACCUGCGGGGUCUGGCUCAGAGGAGACGUUCUGCACCAAACCUGCUGCUGGGCAAAGCUUUAGGAAUGACUUGGAGUCCAAUAAGGGAAGAAGCUCAGUGUCUGGUGGCGGUGGAUCAGUGUCCCUUCGUGCUGGGAUUGACCAGUGAGCACUCCGAGCUGAUUCUGGAUGAAUGUGCUCAGCUGACCGAAGGACUAAAGACCAGAGACAGACACCUCUUCCUCCUCAGUGACGCCCUAGUCAUCGCCAAGCUCAAGUCAAAUGCAAGUUACAGACUGAAACACAGGAUUGAUCUGAAGGACCUGUGGGUGUGCGGCUUUGAAAAUGGUGACGACGAGGCAGAGGACGAAGAUACAGAUGUUGAUCUAAGAACAUCUAUCGUAUUGGCUUGGUCUGUUUAUCUUAGCUUGGCCUCGUUCUGUUUGCCUGAGCUAAAGGACCACUGGCUGGAUACUCUACACAGAAAGACUGCAGAGGCAAGAUCGAGAGCAGGCAGCACUUCUCCACCGCCCAGCAUCCUCAUGAAGGUGCUGAAUGGCAAUACCACGAAUAAAACUCUAAGUGGAGUUGGGAUGGACUCUGCAGAGUUGCCUUUUGAUGGCAACGCCAAAAUCUCCACCCUCUCGAAGCAGUUUCAUAACCAAGAGGCACAUGCACAGCAGCCUAUUGGAGAAAAUGGAGGCAAAAGGCACUUUUUCUUCAAGCUGAAGAGAAGCUCCACCAGCCCAAGUGUACCUGCUCAUCCUGAGUCCAGUGCAAAGAGCUUGCUGUUUGGAAGACAUCUCCAAGAUGACACCACACUUCCAAAACCAAUUACUGAAAUACUCCUGUUGCUGUUCAGGAAGGGUCCAUUUACUGAGGGUGUCUUCAGAGUCUCGUGCAACAGCAAAAACCUGAAUGCUCUCAAAGAUCAGCUGAACUCUGGAGCCCAGGUGGACAUGGAAGCCCUGCCUGUGACGCUCCUGGUUGGAUUGUUGAAGAUUUUUCUGAAGGAACUCCCUGGAGGCCUGCUGGUAUUUGAGCACUAUGAAAGCUGGAUCAGUGCUCUAGAGAGGGAAAGGACAGAGGAUGCUCAAAGAGAGCUGAGAAGAAUGGCAGAGAAGUUGCCCAAAGCAAACAGUCUCCUCCUGCAGCACCUGCUCUGCCUGUUUUACCACAUCAGUCAACAUUCAGAAACCAACAAAAUGGAUGCCAAGAACCUGGCAGUGUGCAUUGCUCCAACAUUGCUGCAUCGUGACAGCCAGCCACUAGACAGGGAUGAUGUAGCGAAGGCCACAAAUCUUAUCCAGUUCCUAAUUGAAAACUGCUGUGAGGUAUUUGGAAAUGCUAUCCUGAAGCUUUUUGGGGAUUUAGAGGAUCAGGAGUCCAUUGAAAAAUCAGAUUCAGCCUCCCUGAUGUCCCCUGAUAUCUCUUUUGAUGUCCACCAGCAUGACUCGGCGUAUGACAGCACAGAUCAAGAUGUCGAUUGUGAUUGUGUAGAAGCUGAGAGCCGGUCUCAGGAGGACAACAUGAUGCCACAUGGGAGCCCAGGUCUAUGCAAACUAGAACGCUCUGACAUUCACUCUUGUUCCUCUGAAGCUAUAUUUGAUACUUUCACAAAUCCCUUCAAUCGGCGAUGCUCUGAGCCCUCCAUUUUUCCUUCUGCCCCCAUGACGGGUUUAAGAGAGCUUGCCCGUAGCCAUGACAACUUUUCGACAGAGAAGGAAGACUUUGACGACCAACCACUCAAGAAGCAGAACUCGGAUGACUCUUUCUUGCAUCCCAACCGCUGUGAGAACAGAAGAUCCCAGAUGGCCAAGACUUUGAACAUAGACUUGCCAAUUAGUGUGUCUUCUCCAGCAUCCAAGGCUGGUUCCUGUCCAUCAUUCUGUUCCUCAGAUAGCACUUCCUCAAAUCUCUCAGAGCAAUCAAUAACCACAUCACCCCAGCCAUCCCCUUCAAGCCCCCGCAAGUCUACUAGGCAUUCAUCCUUUAUGAUUAAACCUAGACUUAGCAAUGCCCAAGGAGACCUGGAAGUGACCCGACGAUCCCUUUCAAUGAGGGCCAAAAGCCUUGGAAACUUUACGUUUAACAGAGGCAGUCUGAAGAAAGGAGAUUCCCAGAAGGAAGUGGUCUUCCCAUGUGAAACUCUCCAAGAGGACUCACAAAAUGAGACGGAGAACAUCGAUGAGCUUGCUCGGCGUCGAAGGCCUCUCUCAGCCAUCGAGGUCUUCCAACAUGUGGAUAGUCGUAUGCCAUGCAGCCCCCCAUCCUAUGAGCAGGCGCUGCAGACUGGAGCACAACCAGCCCCUCCGCAGUACAGGGCCAUGACGGUCCAACACGCCCGAGAGCUUGGGAGGAAAUCUCGACCCAUAUCCAUGAACGACUGCCUGCUGGACCAUUACAAAGUUAACGAACCCACAGAAUACAAAGAAACAUUCACAGAAAGCAUUCAAUUAGAAGAACCACAGCCAGUGCCGUUCCGGCAGAGGGCCAUGUCUGAGUCAGUGUCCCAGUUGAGACAUGAACAAGUGUCCCGCAGGUGUAGUCAGCCUGUGUUUGAGGAGUUCUCCUAUGCAAAGGAAUCUUAUGUGUGAGUGUUUCUUUCUCAAUUGCAAUACUGAACUCUUGCUAAGAUUUAAAGACGAAGUGUGUAAUUUUUUUUUGAUUAGCAUCACCAAGUGAAACUGCAAAAACAAUGAUUGUUUUCAAACAGGUUUCCCGAACACUCCACCCACUUACUUAAUUGAUUAAACCAUUUUUGCUUUGUUGGGCUGGACAGAAUGAUUAACCAAGCAGAGUAAUGUUUUUAUAGUGCCACAAUGUUUACACUUUUCAGAUCAAUCAACCCAUAAAAUGGCUUGCAUAGUUACAUUAAGCAAUGAUAGGAGAAUGCAUUUUAACAUAGAAAAUUGCACACUUCAGCUUUAAAAUAACAUGCAACUAUUAAGCUGUUUAAUUUAGUGACACAUAGAAUUCAGUGUGUUACAGCCAUUUCAUAUGCUAAUAUUGAAUCAUUUUUAAACUUUUGCCAGUAUAAAGCUAUGUAAAUAGACAGUUAAAAUAAUUAAUUUGUAUUAUAUAGUAAAAUAGUUGGUGGUAACUGAAGAAUUUUGUAGUAAGAAUGUACAGCUGUGAAUUACUUGAUUUCUGUAUUAUUUCUACUCUUUAUUUCACUACAAUAAAGAAUCUUAGAGGUCA